AUGCCGGAAAUCCCUAAAGAACAGUGGGCGCAGGUUAUCGAGAAGACUGGCGGGCCCGCCGUCUACAAGAAGAUCCCCGUGUCCAAGCCUGGUCCUGAUGAGGUCCUCGUCAACAUCAAAUACUCUGGCGUGUGCCACACGGACCUGCACGCCAUGAACGGCGACUGGCCGAUCCCGACCAGGCUGCCGUUCGUGGGCGGGCACGAGGGCGCGGGCAUCGUGGUGGCGCGCGGCGAGUUGGUCAACGACGUCGAGAUCGGCGACCACGUCGGCAUCAAGUGGAUCAACAGCAGCUGCCAAAACUGCGACUUUUGCCGGUCCGCCAACGAGAUGCUCUGCACCAAGGUCAAGCUCUCGGGUUACACGGUCGACGGCUCCUUCCAGCAGUACGCCAUCGCCAAGGCCGCCCUUGUGGCCCGCAUCCCCAAGGAGGUGAGCCUCGAGGCCGUGGCCCCGGUUCUGUGCGCCGGUAUCACCGUCUACAAGGGCCUCAAGGAGUCGGGCGCGCGCCCGGGACAGUGGGUCGCCAUCGUGGGCGCCGGCGGCGGCCUGGGAGCCAUGGCGCUGCAGUACGCCCGCGCCAUGGGCCUGCAGACAAUCGCCAUCGACUCGGGCGAUGAAAAGCGCAGCGCGUGUCUGGAGCUCGGCGCGGCUGCCUUCAUCGACUUUGCCACCUCGGCAGACGUGGUAGCCGACGUGCGCAAGGCGACCCCCGACGGCCUCGGACCCCACGCCGCCGUGCUGCUGGCCGUGACGUCGCGGCCGUUCCAGCAGGCGGCCGAGUACAUCCGGCCCAGGGGCACCGUGGUAUGCAUAGGUCUGCCCUCGGGCGCGCAGAUCAAGGCAGAUGUCCUGGAUAUGGUGGUGCGCAUGGUCACCAUCAAGGGCAGCUACGUCGGCAACCGACAGGACACGGCCGAGGCUGUAGAUUUCUUCGCGCGGGGGUUGAUCAAGGCGCCGUUCAAGACUGUGGGGCUUAGUGACUUGGGAAAGGUUUUUGAGCUUUUGGACCAAGGCAAGGUCGUUGGGAGGAGCCGGUUGGCCAUCGAUAUAGCCGCGGACCAGGAUGCCAACAUCCCUAGCCUGAGUAUGUACAUUGCAGCUGACGUAGACCAGGCGCUGCGGCUUGAAGGCAAGCAGCUGGGUCAGGAACGAUACGUCGCAGCCCUUUCGUGGAGGGUCAAUAACGACGGCCGUCUCGUCCGGGUUGAAGCCGUCGAGUUUCUCGAACAGCUUCGGCGCAUCGGCUUCAAUAAACUCGCAUUUGCCGUCGGGAUAAUUGUUCAGCUUAGCGUUCAGGCCUGCUCUUUCAAUAGCCCUACCAUCAAUGUCGAUGCCGAUGAUGCGGCCGUUGACCUCCCCGGACAUGAAUAA